AGUUCUGCAAAGUGCUUUUGAUGGCCAGUGGCGACGAAAUCGGAACUUUCUGUCCUUGUUAUCUCCGAGUGAGUGGACCUGGUGAGGGGUCCAAACCUGCCUGAUCUGAUCUGAACUGACGUUGUUGGCUUCAACGGUUCAAACCGUGUCUCAACUUCUUAUUUCUGGAGGGUACACGGAAUUCCCUUCAAGGCAUUCGUACCGAAUUGAAUCAAACCUGAAUGACCUCAUUUGCAAGAAUAUCAAGCAUGCUCCUCUUUUUCCAAAAUAGCGCCCUACGUAGACGUAUUACACAAACUUUUGAUCGUAUUUGAUGUUUUACUGGUGGAGGUCCUCAAUGAUGCGAGAGUUCAUGACGAGGUCAUACUUCCUUUACUGGGAAUGACGUUCAAGUUCAGCACACAAAGCUUGCUAACUUUCUCUCCCUUUCUGAGCGUCUUUCGACUUUGUUCCAUCCCGCGGCGUACGUAUUUGCUCAAGGUCGACAAUAGGCUAUGUGAUAGGCGAGUGACCGUCCCGUUACAGCCUUAAGACCCAAGUGAGGGACAGCUAAGGGGAAAUACGGGGGCCCUGACGUCCUCCGAAGAGUUUUAGGCCCACAUUCACCAUUGCGUUCGACCUCAACAGUGGAACAAACAGAAUCGUCAGCUGACAUUGAAAGGGGAAGGUGCCAUCAAUGAUGGACACGUCAAAUGUGAAGGGGAUUCUUCCCAUUCCAAAUCGUUUGUCCGAAGUCACAGCAGAUUGGAUUGCAGACCUUUUGUACAAAGUUGUGGGUGUUCCGGUUCCGGAUAAUUUGGAUGGAACUCACAAUGGAAUUACUCUCCUGCAAAUCAGAGCCAAUCCAUGUGAUGGCUUUCACGAGAGUUGCAAAGUGACAGUCAGAUGUUCCAGUCAACCCGAUGAGGCAUAUCAUUUUGUCGUUGAAAUUGUGCCAUGUGACGAAGAUUUGAGAGAUGUGAUCAUCAGACAUAAUUUGUUCAUCAAGGAGUUGGUUGUUCAUGAAAAGCUCCUUCCACUGUUUAAAAAAUAUGUCCAAAAUCGGUCCAACGGUGACCGAACUGUUGAUGUUAACUUCAGUGUUCCCAAAUACCUCUAUGGCGACUAUGAUGAAGCCACCGGAACAGGAGUCAUGGUUUUUGAGGACUACAUAGAGCAUGGUUUCAAGUGCAUCGAUAAAUCGCUCAUGAUUUUGGAGGCUAAACAUGUUCGCGAAAUUGUACAGAAUUUGGCAACAUUCCAUGCCAUUUCAGUGGCCUAUCAAACCACAGAGAAUAUCAAAUUGGAGGAACUCUUUCCCGUGUUGGACGGAGAAACGGGUAACACCUGGUUUCAAGCAGACAUGACGUCAUAUCUACAAGAAAUGUACGUCACCUGCAGCAAGUUCUUCAAGUCCAUUCCUGGCCAAGAAAAGCUCAGUAGACUGUUCGAGUUGAAGAUGUCGAAUCCAGAGGAGUUCCAUAAAACCAGCCAAUGUCAUCCUUCCAAAAUGCGAUGCGUCAUCCAUGGCGACCUGUGGCACAAUAACCUUUACUUCAAAGGCUCAAAAUCGUUGAUAAUGGCGGAUUGGCAGAUGUGUCACAUUGGGAUGGCCACCAACGACCUGUGUUUUUUGCUGUUUUCCAGCACGACGCCACACUUCCGUAGAGAUCAUUGGGAUUCGACCAUUGCCCUUUACUACAAUUGUUUCUGCGCCACCAUUAAGAACCUCAAUGUUGGUGAAGAUCAGUUCAGCUUAAGUUAUGACGAAUACCUUAUGGACAUCAAGGCUAGUAUCCCUCUAAGUCUGUUCUUUUGUGGAAACAUCCAAGAUUUGGAAGUGAACAAUGAGGCUGCCUUGAUCAGAGCUGCUUCAAAAGAAGACACCAAUGACAAUAGCGUGGAAGAGGCUUUUCAGAGGCUGCACAGCUGCUUCGAUUUCAUGGUCGAUGAACCCGACCUAGGAGGCCCCUCCGAAUUUCCCGACCUCAAGCAAGUCUAUAAAAGUGAGGACGAAGCCAAAGGAGGCAUUCAAAUGGCCAUCGCUGAAGAAGACCACGAAGGGUCGAUGGCCAUUCCUGAAAAUAGGAUCCAUCCCAGGGAGGGCCCACCCCAUAUGAUGGCCCUGAGUCCCAAAUCCUUGAGCAAAGUGCCUACAAUUGCAUCCGACAAGGAUUUGGAUAGUUUAGUCACAAUGAGAAAGUCCAGGAAAGGGGUCAAGAUUGACCCAAGGGAAGCGCGGGCAUUACGCCGAAGAUUGUAUUUGGACUUGUACAAGGAAGCGGCGAGUAAGGGCCUCAUUUAGAUUGAUUGCAAUACUACUUGGUUUCAAGCAUAUUAUUCCGCAUUUGAAAAUAAACAUAAAAAGAACAUCCAAA